AUGAACGUUCCCGCGAUGAUGGGCCCCACAAGCACGCCCACUGCUGCGGUUGGGAAAAACACACCCAGAUACGACGGCAGCUCGUCCGCAAACAGCUGCCCCACAAUGGCCGGCGCCAGGCUCACAAACGGGCCUCACGCCGCUGAGCACGAGUGUCGGGAUCAUUAUGUUGAAUCUGCCGAGCUUGUCGCCGACGUAGCCGCACGAGACGCGUCCCAGCAGCGUUGCCGCGUUGACAAUGGCCACGUUGUAGUCCUGGAUCGGCUGUGCCACGCCCAGCCGCUGGCAGAACAGGUCCACGUAGAACAGGCCGGGAAAGAGCCCCAAGAUGGCCACGGCGAACGAGAUGUUGAGGACCUGGAACCGCCAGUUCAGCAGCACUCUGAAGUUGAUGCGCAGCACGUUCUGGCCCGGCUUGCGCGGCGGCGGCCGCACUCGCGGCCGCAAGUUCGUGGUGGCAAAGGCCACCAUCGGGAUGUACAGAAACCCGAUGAUUCUGUUCCCCCACGCAAACCCCACCUUGUUGAUGAGGCCGCGCACGCCGAUCGGCCAGUACACGCCGGCCAUGCUGGCCCCCGCGGUGAUCAGCCCCGACGCAAUUGCUUUGCGCCGGUGGAAGUACUGGAACACCACUCCCGCACAGUGCACGUACAUGAGUCCAGAUCCCAGGCCGAACAUCAGGCCUUGCACCACGAAAAUCUGCCACGGCGCCGUCGUGAUCGACAGAAACAUGUACGACAGUAUGCAAACGAGCCCGCCACCCCCCACCAUAGCUUGCGGCCCCAGAUAGUACAUCCCCACAGUCGACGGAAGGGCUGUAGCAAACGUGAGACAGCCCUGCAGAGACCCAAUGAUCGAGAGCGUGUUGGAGCUAAUGUGGGGGUACUUGUUCUCGUAGUAGCUCUGGUACACGCCAAACGAAUUGACCAUGCCGAACGAGAGGGCCAUGACUGUCGCUCCCGAGCACAGGGCCAGCCAUGCGCGCAGGCCGCCCUCUGGCGGCGGGCCGGGGGAUUCCCGUGGGGACGGCAACGACUGCGCACACGACGGCGUCUUCUCGAGGUCGCGGCCGUGUUCAGUAUCCAUGGGUGA